UUUUAUUUUGUGUUGUGAGUCGUUUUUAUCAAAAUCGAAACCAACGAUUUUUAUGGAAUCAAUUAAUGAAGCUACAAUCAUCAAAGUUAAAAAAGAAGAAAUCAUGUGUAAAAAGUGGCCUGAUUUUAGUUUGAUUAAUGAUGCAAAUGAAACAAAGAAUUGUGAAAUAAUGGGAUAUGAUGCUGUCGGAGAGGAUAUAUCUCUAAUUGAUAUAAUGUGUGUGGAAGAUACUGAUGAAUUUAAAAAUGACAAAACUGAUAGUUUGCGAACAGUAAAGAAUAAACUGGGCAGUGAAAUAUCUGAGAUCAUUAUGGAAAGAAUAGAAACUGUAACUGUUAAAAUCGAACCUAGUUUCGGUUUGGGAGGUGAUGAAAGUGAAGUAAAUAAUGGUGAAAUCUUGGAUAUGCCAAUACAAAACAUAUUUACAGCCGUGAAUAAUACACAGGAAUUCUAUAUUGGUGAUGAAGAAGUGGAUCUUACUUCAGCGGAUGCUCUUUCGGAUGCUGUAAGAGAGGAUAUAUCUCUAAUUGAUAUGAUGCGUGUGGAAGAUACCGAUGAGGAUGCCAUAUUGACAGGCGAUUUACUAACAAUUGAUAUGAUGCGCCUGGAGGAAGGAUUUUAUUUAAACGAAACUCUCAGUGAUAGCAUUGACAUCAGCGAUAGUUUCUUAUUCAAAGAAAAUGUUCCCAACAAUUUUAAGCAGAAUCAACAAGUGGCAAGUCAGUGUAAUAUUCGAAUAGCAGAGAAUAGCAUGUACAGUGUACCAUUUGAUAAAGGCAAACAUGGGUCACAAAGACUGGAAUACUCAUUUGGCUCCAAGAAGUUCAGAAAGCGAUCACAGCCAGAGUAUUAUAACCGCAUUGAUACCGGCGAAAAGCUUUAUGCCUGUGAAGAAUGUCCGAUGCGAUUUGCCUUUAAAGGCAGUUUGGUUCGACAUAAAAAAUUACAUACGGGAGAAAAACCAUUCCAGUGUAACAUAUGCUUAACAAGAUUUGCGACAAAAGCAUAUUUAAAAGUCCAUGCCACUACCCAUUCGGAUGAGACUCCAUACCAUUGUCAUUUGUGUACAAAGAAUUUUAAGCGAAAACGACUUCUAGGCAUGCAUAUUAGUAAAAAUCAUGAAAAUGAAAACUUAUCGGAAAAAAAUAAUGAAAUGAUGUACACAUGUGAUGAAUGUCCAUCAGCUUUUAUAAGUAUACCGCGCCUCAAUCGCCAUAAACAAAAUCAUUCACGGGCCAAAUGUUUUCGAUGCGUUAUUUGCUCGAUAGAAUUCUCAAUUCGUCAACAGUACAUUUCACACAUGAACACCCAUAGUACAUUAUUACAAUGUCAAUUAUGUUCACAUCAUUUUACAUCGAAAAAGGAUUUAACCAUACACAUGACAAUUCAUGAAAAACAAAAUAGCCGUGAAACACGACUGUUUCAGUGCACCAAGUGCUCGAAGACAUUCACUUCGAAGAGCAGCCUAAAUCGACAUACACCAAUUCAUUCAAAUAACAAACCCUUCCAAUGUUCCAUUUGCCAAAAACAAUUUCUACUGAAAAGCUAUUUAAAAGAGCACAUAAAAAUCCAUUCGGGCCAACGGGCAUUCGGCUGUGUACAAUGUUCAAAAACAUUUUCGCGACGUUCACGUUUGGAAUUACACAAGAAAUCACAUUUGAACGAGGCAUAUUUAAAUAUAAAAUCGGAAAUCGUCGUUUUGACUGAUGAUGAGUGAAUUCAGAUAUUAUAAAGAAUUGUUAAGAGAAAUUUUAUUUAAUAAUAGUAAAAAAUCAAACCAUAUUAUAAAAACCAAAUUGAAUUUAAUAUUUUGUUAAUUUACUUUUUACAGUAUUUUACCGUG